AUGUCAUCUCAGUUUGGUGCCAUAUUGCAUUUGCCGUCAGCGGUGAGACGACAGGUGUUCAAGAUUGCCCUUUGGCAACAGAAAUGCUCCUUCUCCAGCUCUUCGCCACAAGCAGCUGGCCAUGAGAACCCAUUGGGCCUGCCUCGAGCAGGCACACCUCCCAAUCUCGCCGCCCGAAUGAAACGAGGUCUCCCCGAAAAGAAACCCAUCCCAAACGUCAACAAAGUCAUCGCCGUCAGCAGCGCCAAAGGCGGCGUGGGCAAAAGCACCAUAGCAACGAACCUCGCCCUCGCCAUGUCGCAGCAAGGCCUUCAUACAGGAAUUCUAGACACGGACAUCUACGGACCUAGCAUACCGACUUUACUCAAUCUCGAAGGCCUGGAACCCGACCUCGACCAACACAACCGCCUCCUCCCCCUAACCUCGUACGGCAUCAAAGCAAUGUCCAUGGGCUUCCUAGUCCCCCAAACCAGCCCCAUCGCCUGGCGCGGCCUCAUGCUCCAAAAAGCCCUGAACCAACUCCUCUUCGAAGUCUCCUGGCCGAAACUCGACCUCCUGGUCCUCGACCUGCCGCCCGGCACGGGCGACGUGCAGCUCACCAUCACGCAGAGCAUCGAGUUGGACGGCGCGGUGAUCGUGUCGACGCCCCAGGAUCUGGCGUUGAGGGAUGCGACGCGAGGGGUCGAGAUGUUCAAGAAGGUCGGGGUGCCGAUUUUGGGUAUGGUGCAGAAUAUGAGUACUUUUACUUGUUCGAAUUGUGGGCAUAGUCAUGAUAUUUUUGGGUUGGAUGGCGCCAGAAAUAAGUGCGACGAGCUCGGCCUACCACUCUUGGGAGACAUCCCACUACACGCUCAGAUCUGCACAGACGCAGACGCCGGAAAGCCUACAGUCGUCGCGAGCCCCGACUCACCUCAAGCGGCGGCUUUCAGAAACGUAGCGCAACAGCUUGUGUCGAGCUUGAAACUGUAA